AUGGGUGGCCCAUCGGGGUCUCAUCGCUCCCAGCACUCUCACCAGCAGCAUGCGUCUCAGCCGUUCCUCAGCCAACAGCAGCUGCAGCCACAGCAGCAGCACCAGCAGCAGCAACCACCGUCGGUUUACGCACCACCGCCGCCGCCGCCGCCGCCGCCGUCAGGACCGAUCAAGCUGCAGGGCUUUGAGAUCCCCACUCCAUCUUCGUCCAGCACCAGCAGCGGCCGGACGAACGCGCACACCAGCCCAUCGACGAGCCAGGGCGCGUUCUCGGUCGACCCUUCGAUGCUGUUCGGAUUCCAGCCUCAGAGCAGCACUACUGGCGCCGCGGCGGGCGGUGAUCGUCGUCAUGGCGCGUCGCCCUCCGCUUCCUCGGCGUCGCACAAGACCGUCUCGCCGCCACCGUUCCUCACUUCGGGCACGGCCGCCUUUUCCGAUCUCGACCUCGACUUUGAGACCACGCUGGCUUCCUUGGCCCAGCAUCAUCAGCAGCACCACCAGCAGCAGCAGCAGCAGCAACAGCAGCAGCAGCAGCAGCAGCAGCAGCAACAGCAACAGCACGCACAUGCCCACGCGCAACACCACCACCCCGCCGCAGCUCACCCGUCGUUCGGAUCGGGCCUCUAUCGUCUCAAUGCCGACCACCACACCGCGCCACCGGCACACCAGUCUCCUCACUUGGCGAACCACUCGCACCUCGGCCAGUACAGCGGACCGGGAGCGUCCUAUGGCGCGUACGACGCUCACGCUUUCGGCGGCGGCGGCGGCGGCGGGAUGCCCACCUAUCUCACCAGCGCCGGAGACACCCCGCCCCCGCCCCCGCACACCGUCUCGGCCUCGUCGACGACCCACCACCCGGCUCGCAUCAUCCCCGUUUCCACCGCCCCUUUGAUGACCGGCUCGCUCAGUAACCCCAAUGCUCCCUCCCCGCACGAAUCGCGUCACAAUCUACGCUCACCGGCGACCCCGACGACCCCGCUGCUCGAUCUCUUUGGCAACCCCUUAUCUCCCACGAAUCCAGACUCACCCCACGGCGCCGCGUCCCAGCUGCAACAACAACAACAACAACAACAACAACAACGGAGGUCAUCGCAGGUUGCGCAAGAGUUUGGGUCCUACUCGUCGUCGCACGGGGAAGGGUUCGGUCCGAACUCGGCCGUUCCGAUCACGCAAGGGAUCCCGUUGAAGGCAUCGUCUUCCUCAUCGCUCAGCAAGCGUCGCGGAUCGGCCGUCGUCAUGCCCGGAUCACCCGAGGCGGCCAAGUCCCUGAGCAGCAGCAGUCAUGGUCGAUCGAGGAGUACGGGUGUCGGCAAAGCGCCGACGUCGAGGGCGAGGUCGAGAUCGGCGAGGAGGAAUGGGAGUGCCGCCUAUUUAACGAAUGGAUCGGCCAGCGCUUCGUCGAGCAACCUCAUUGCUUCGGCCAAUCCUCCUUCUUCGACGUCGGGUCCGAGUGCGGCGAUUGCGAUCCCGGCUGUCAAAGCAGGCGAGGACGGUGCAUCGUCGUCGGUGCCCAAGAGUAACAACCUCCACCCACUCGCCAUGUCGAUGCCGGCCUACCCCGGUGGCGGAUCAGGCGACGGCACGAAUCGACACGACUGGUUCACGUCACCGCAAGCGAUUCGGGCUGCAGCAGGCUCGUCGUACAAGGGUGGGAACGGGGGAGCAAGUUUGGGUACCAGCGCAUCGACGACGACGACGACGAUGGAUGCCGAGUCCGGGUGGAGGCCUAGUGCAGGCUCGGUCGGGGUCCCUUCUUCGGCGCCUGUUUUGGGCUCGAGCAAGAAGGGCAAGAUGACGCUCGAUGAUGUGCCUGAGGAUCCGACGCAAAGGCAGUGAGUCGCAAAAGUGUGAGAGAGGCUGUCUGGGCCACGAUGUUGUUCCUUUGCUCACCAUCAUCCUCACGUCCUUUCCCCAUUCGAGCGGCCGCUCCCUCCCGUUAGAGCCGCGCUCCUGACCGAGAAACGACGCAGGCGGCGCGAAUCGCACAACGCGGUCGAACGACGUCGCCGCGACAACAUCAACGACCGCAUCACCGAACUCGCCUCCUUGCUACCCGAAGUCCUGCUCGACCAAGUCAAUUCGGCCUCUUCGGCCGCUGCGGCCAAAGCCGCCGCUUCGGGCGUGAGCGUCGACGAUUUGGACGAACCCGUCGACGGAUCGUUCGCGGCGUUGAGUUUGUUGAGCCCCGACCCUUCGACGGGCUUGGGUUUGAGUAAUGGUAUCUUGGGCACCAGUCCGACGUCCGCGAUGUUGGGCACGAGUAGGCAGAUGACGCAGGGGGCUGGGGCAGCCGCAGCGGCGACGAUGGGCAAGCCGAAUAAGGGCAUCAUACUGCAAAAGAGCGUCGAGUAUAUAAGGUGCGUGGGUUAGAACGAUAAAGGAUUGGAUUCUUGAUCGAAAUUCAUGGGGACUGACGAUCAACUUGGUGUAUAUCUAGAUACCUUCAACAAUUACUCGAAUUGCAUCUUCAACGUGGCGCCGCGCUCGAACAUCGCGUUUCCGAACUCGAGGCGGGGAGGUUGGGUCUCGAAGGUUUGGACGGUGCGAUCGACGGGAUUCGAUCAAAGGAAUCGAGGAGGGGUGCGACGACCUCUUCGGCGGGCAUUCGAUCACCUUCGCUGUCGAAUGGUUCCGAGGCCUUGUUUGAUUUCUCGCCGACUUCGACCACGGGCGCGACGACGGAUCGGCAAGGGUGGAUCAUCCCCAAGGAAGAGGAGAUGGAUCAAAGUUAG